CAUCCUUCUGUAAAAGUUCUGUUUGAUGUUGAGAUGAUUGCUGAAAUGAUGAAGAACCUGCUUCAGGUUCAUACUGGGGCGAUGGGUCAUAUUAAGGUGAUGCUUGUCAUGAAGAACCAUGAUUCUUAUUGUUUAGUAUCUAUUUGA